UGUGGCGCUUUUGCCGUAGGAUGUGCAGAGUGCAGCCUGCUGCUUUCUUUACGGACGCUUCUUGUAUCGUCUGGAUAUCGCUGAUUUCUGGAUUAUAAAUACAUUUGAUGGUUUUCAAUCCCAACUCAAUGCAGAGAAAUGGGUAAACUUCACUCGAAACAUGCUGCGAUUUGUAAACCGAGGGAAAGUCCGGAGGGCGACAGUUUUGUAGUUAAUGCCUGUUUGGCAAGGAAAGGAAUUGACGAUUGGCUCGUGAAACAGAAAUACUAUUGCUCACGGCUUGAGCAACAGGACUGUCACCACACGAAUAAAUGCGGCUUGUCUACUCGGGAUGUGUUGGACAAGGCGUGUGCAGAGGGGAUCAGUGAUGAACAUUACCGUUUAGAAGUGGCUCUGCCCCCGGAGAAGACAGUGAACAGUUGCUGUGUGGAGGAGAAGAUGCAGGGGAGAGCAGGCCAGGUGCCCACAGGCACACAGAAACAGCUCCAGUUGGAAGAGCUUGAGUGUGCCGUCUCUGUAGAGGAAGACAACAGACAGGAGUGGACGUUCACACUGUAUGAUUUUGACAACAAUGGCAAGGUCACCAGAGAGGACAUCACCAGCCUGCUCCACACCAUCUAUGAGGUGGUGGACACAUCGGUCAACCAUUCCCCCAACAGCAGCAAGACACUGCGGGUCAAGCUCUCUGUGGCCCCCGACUCCAGCCAGCGCUGGCGGAGCUGCACUCAGGGCCCCGCAGACAUGCCCCACCCCAGAACCAAGACUGACAAGUGCAUUGAAGACCUUAAAAGUGCAGAGAAGAAGUCUCGAGCCCUCCUCAGGCGCCAUCACAGUGACCACCACACUAUCCAGCACCAGGUUCUGAGCCAGCAGGGUCAGAGUCAGGGCUGCCAGCGCCACUGUGUGGAUGAGAACCUGGAGCGCAGGAACCACUACCUCGACCUGGCCGGCAUCGAGAAUUACACAUCCCGCUUUGGAGCAGCCCCCACCACAGAGCCUGUGAAAGCAGAGCCACAGACCCGACCAUCGAACCAGACCAGGUCUCGCUCUCAUGAACCAGAGAACGGCCACACCUACUCCCACCACCGUCGCUCACAGGUGGCCAUGGAGAGCAGCACCGCCCCAGGCCCUGACACCCUUUGUCCCCCACGACCGAGUAAAGACUCAGGUAAACACGCCCUGCGCUCCCCCAAGACCCACAGCCGGACACACCCCACACAGACCACCACGGGCAGGGUGAUGAGGAGCAGAGGGGCCCCACCUCCCCCGGCCCUACCCAGCCAGGCCCCCCCUCACCAGUCCUCAGCCCCCUACCGCAGGCACAAGCAGAGGGCCAGGGAGGGCCAGCAGCAGUACCAGGCCCUGGGGGCUCCAGUGGGGCCUGUGGUGGAGAAGGAGCAGGUGAGGGUCCUACCCAGUGUGCUCCUCUAUGAAGGAGGGCUGGCCCAGAUGGUUCAAAGGCACGAGCAUCAUCACCACCAUGAACACCACCACCACUACCACCACUUCUACCAGUCCUGAGGCAGCCAGCUAGCUCCCUGCCCUGCUGCACCAGAGCACCUUCUCACAGCCCCACCUCAACCUGGCUCCACUGCCAGGCCAGUAGACCCUACAGACAGACAGACAGACAGGCCCCUCCCACACAGCACAGCAACAGCACAGUCAGAACUGUGUCACUGUUAGGGGGAGUCGGGUCUUGCAUGGCCCUGUGGGCUAAGAGGACAGGACAUCAAGAGGAGUUGGACAGACAGGGAGAGGUGCAGGGUGAAGAGGGUUAUUAUGGGGUUGUCCAGGCAUGAAGAGUCCCUGUGAGUCAGCGGGACAGUGUCUUGGUCUUCAGGUGUGCCAGGAACCAGGAGCAGAACACGGCAGAGGGAUGUAACAGGGGAACCUGAGAGGAACAAAAGGAGAAAAGAGCCUUGGCUGUAAAUCCUUCAGAGGACUCCUCUCAUCCCUCUCUGUCUGUCUGGUUCUCUGAAAGCGUCUACUCUGAUGGACUAGGUGACUCUACGAAGCCAUACUGGCACUGCCAUCCUCGCAGACCUCUACGUUUUGGGGAAUGAGAGGUGAGGGUCUGGUUUGGAGAGCGAGAGAGAUUUGUGUGUAUGAAUAUGCAGUGUGUGUGAGAGCAUGUGUUACCUGUCUGCUUUUGAUGCCACUGAAAACCACUUGAAAAGCACUUGUGGGUGCAGUUGCAUUGGAGACACUUUGGGCUGUCAGAACAGAGGGCUGACAGGCAUCGACUGGAUAUGAUGAAGACAAGAUCAUCCAGCUCCUGAAUCUCACAUGCAAUACAGGACCCUCCCUGAGAGAACGAUGUUGAAAUGUUCAGUGAGAAUAGAAGACUGUAAUCAGCUGCUACCUCUAGUGUUAUUAAUGGUGUUAUUAUUAUUGUUAAUAAUCAGAUGCUAUUUUUCAGUUACAUUUUGUUUUAUUUUUUAAAGAUGACACAAUCUGCAGUAAUGUAGUGUUGAAACGCUCCUACAUUGUUUACCUACAUAUUGUAUAUAUUAUCAACAUUAUAAUCUUUAUUUAUAAUGUGACGUUUGUAUCAACAAUCUACAUUUAUUUCUCACUCAACCCCAUUUUCCCAAUGUACCCUAUUGAAAGACCACUAUGUAUACAAUUUAGACCAUCAAAGAUACAACUCUGACUCCCUCUAAUAUCACCACCUAAUAUCACCACACACAGUUCUUUCACACAAAUGGUCAGUGUACACCUUCUCAAGUACAUCUCUGCCUUCUGAACAGUGUCUGUCUAAUCGUUGUGGUUAGCAGUUCACAGUAAGGCUCUUUCUCAAUAGCUGAAUCAUAAGUAUGUAGUGGUUGACAAUCCACAGCAGUCCCAUGAUCCUCCAGGUCUGAUCAUAACACAUGACCCUAACCGCUGUCCCCUCAUGAGGCAUCCCCCUGUCCCCAGCUGUCAGCACCUGUUUCACCAGGCCGCCAUCACGCCAUGUGUCCCCAGCACUCAGGCAACAAGGCUCUGUUUAUGAUGCUGGCUGGACUGGGAUGGAGGCUCUCAGCUGUCUGUCUCAUUCCUCUGGUGCGAGGUGACACCAGGCCCUGCCCCAGGCUCCACCAGGACCAUAACUCACCCUGCUGAAGGCCUGCUGUCGGGUAGGCAGCUCCAACCACACAGGACCUCUCAGAUCUUCUCCCGUCCUAGGUGAACCAUCAGAGCCAUACAGCACUGUUUAGGACAGGUCACUAUGGUAUGCCUGCAUCUAGUCCAGGAGCUCCUGACUGAGUAUCAUCUGGUCAGGGUAAAGAGGAAAAUACUGUAAUCAGCAAUGUUCCCUCUAUUUCUUUUCAUCACUGAGCAAAUUUCAGGCCUGCUGAGCAAACUUGAACAUUGUGAACAUUCGGUGCAACUUACGAAGCACGUUUAAUGUGAACACUGAGGCUGUACCCGAUUAGUGUACACCUUUAAGAGUGGUCAAGUAGGCUACUGUGGCUUUUUGAUAAUAAUGUAGGCCUACUUGACUGGCCAACCAUCAAAAACAAUGGAGACAAUUCACCCCAUAAUAUGUCAACAUGGAAUAGCUGUUCUAUGGUUCAGCCUACAGUAGUAGACAGUGUGUGGUGUUCAAUGUAGGCUACAUUCUAUGAGACUAUUGAAUACUACAUGCAGGGCUUGACAUUAAUCUGUUUAUCCACUUGUCCUUCAGACAAGGAGGUGAUUGAAAAUGUUGUGUUUGAUGCAAGAAUCCACUUUAUAAAAUGAAAAGCAUCAUUAUUCACAUACCAUUAUUACAGAGAAUCAGGCAAAAAUAUUCUACUCUCUGCCUAUUGGCUACACUGCCCGUUUAAGAUAAAUAAGCAAUUUACCUGACUUGCUUUUCAAAGAUGUCUAGAAAUGCACAUGUUUUGUGCUAUUGUAGGAAGCAAUCACUCCCCCAUUGCUGACAAAAAAUGAUCUAUAACUGGGCUAAUAACUGACUAACUAGCGAAGGAUAUGAACACAGGUACACAUGUUGCUACAUGCAGCUCUGGCUUUGAUCUCAAAACAAAUUCAUCUACUCACCACCACUCAUGCUGUAUAAACACUUCAAAGUAAAUGGCACAGAUCCAUAUAUGGCAAUGGUCUAUUUGCAUAUAGGCCUACUGCAGCUCUGAUUGGUUAUGGUCCACCCGUCUGUGUAGAGUAUGGCCUAUAUUGUGCCUGUCAAUGCAAUAAAAUCCUACUCCAAUGCAUUCUGCCUGCAACACAUCUCUUGCAUGGUUUUGUUUCGGUAUGUUGCAUUGAAAGUGGCUAAUAUUGCAUUGAUUCGAUCACAAUUCCCACAGUAAACGGAAACAUUGAUCAUGUUAACUAAUGGGGGAAAACUCUAGAAAGUUUGCUUCUCUUUGCGGGCUGAUAUUUCUUCUGCACGGCAGUCCUGGGGGAGCUGCAUGCCUGCUCUCUCGCGCAUCUGAGAGGGAACAUUGGUAGUCAGUAUGAGCUAAUAGACCUCGCUACUGGCUAUGCGUUGUGAGUAGGUGUGAAGAGUUCACUAAUUCCCCUACACCAGGUGUGUGGACAUCAAAGCCAACUUUCCACUCUGGGUCAUGUCUAGGUUUAGAGCUUUUACUACAAGUUUCCGUUCGUGUGUGUUUUGGGUCAUUUGGGGGAAUCUGGUGCAUUCCAGGCUUGUCCUGAGCUCCAGUGCUGCACUCCCUCACACAGCUGGGGUGGCAGGGUAGCCUAGUUGGUUGAGCGUUGGACUAGUAACCGAAAGGUUGCAAGUUCGAAUCCCCGAGCUGACAAGGUACAAAUCUGUCGUUCUGCCCCUGAACAGGCAGUUAACCCACUAGGCCGUCAUUGAAAAUAAGAAUUUGUUCUUAACUGACUUGCCUAGUAAAAUAAAGGUAAAAUAAAAAGCUGCAGGCUGUGCAUUAGCAGAGGCACCAGUCAGGCUGGCCUCCCCACGGGACACAGUCACCCCCAAGGGGAACGCAGCUGCACCCCAUUCCACAGCCCCUCUCUCCCCUAGAAUGCUGCCGCUCUGCGAUCUGCAUGGCAUAAGCAUCUGUCUGGAUUAGCAUGGCAGCACCCCAUCUGACAGGGCCCAUCGCAAUACUGUAACUCAUGUUGUUGUCUUCACACCACGACAACACCACAGCUAAACAGUACAGGUGUUGAUACGAGCACCUGCCCAUAGGAUAGACAUGCUUCAGGUGGAAAUGGCUUGUGGCUGCAUUGGGGACUAUAUCAAGCCAGUGAGAGGCAGAGGGCUUGCGUCUCCCUUCAUGGUGGUCCUCAUUAGGCGUGUGUGUGUGUGUGUGUGUGUGUGUGUGAAGGUGUCUGCAGUGAUCCCCUCAGACAGACACCAUGGCUAAUAGGCAGGGAUCUGCUUGGGUUCUCAUCCUCAGUUAAACUUACAAUCCCUCCGCCAUCUUCCCCCAACACCACAGACACUAGAGGAAUGGUGCCAUGUGCCUCUAGAGUACUGUGGUAUUAGUGGGGCAGCCGCUGGAACAGAUAUCUCUGUGGUGCUUUUGAAAUGCAGCCCUAUUCCCAUUUUGAUGUACAACUUCUGAACAGGGCCCAGGGUCUGGUCAAAGUAGUGCACUGUGCCUCUUUUUAAAGGGACACUCCAGCUUCACCGGCAUCUAAAGUUCUGCUCCAGAAUGCUCUACUGUAUCUUCUCCAUCUGUCAAUUAUUUCAAUUUUGGUAUUUACAGACAAGACUGAAUUUAAUUUUCUCACUGUAUUCCACCACUAAGUUAUGUUUUGUAAAAGUAAUGUAUCUCCAUGUUAAACUAAUGUAAAUAGUAUAUGGACUGCAGAAAGGUUAUACCAGUAUCGUGUAGUAGGAAUAAACGUAUUUAUAAUAAUAGAAUGACUAAGCGAAUAUACAGUAUUUCUGCCAUGCUAUCACACUUGCCUGCUAUUUUGUCACUUCUCUACAUUAUCCACUGUGCCAAUCAGUGCUAUCAGGGAAGGGUAGUUGUCUCUCUCUCUCUCACUUCCUUCACUUCUUCUUGGUGAUUGUUGUAAAUGAAACAUGUCUAACACUUGCUGUUCAGUUCCUCAAUAGCAGACCAGACCCUUUCUCUCUUUUCCCUAAUGGCUUUUUCAUGACUUUGUUUAGUUUAUAUAGACGGUUUUUGAUUAAUUGCUUUAUUUAUUUGAUAGCAGAACUGUGCCAAGGGAGAUACCCUUUCAUUAAAGUAUGAACCUGUUCCCUAGAA